GAUUUCUCUCGAGACAAACAAAGGCGCCUACCUUCGUCUGUGUGCGCUUACAGCACCAAUUAGCCUUGCACAGAAUCAAAGAAUCCAUAUCUCCGGAAUGAAAAACGCUAUACCCCUUUGAGCUGUAUCUACAACAUAGAUGAUGACAAGCCUUUGAUUGAGUCUGCGAGGAAGAAUAUACCACUGAUGCAGAAAUGUCAAAGCUGUUUGCAAGAAUUACUGCGUUCUUCGGCAACAAGAGCCUUGCGGGCGUAGACAAAGCAGGGAACAGAUACUUUACCAGGAAAGAGGAGAUCGAUGGGAUCAUGAAGGAGAAGAGAUGGGUGGUAUUCAAGGGAGAGCACGAUCCAACCUCCGUUCCAGUUGAAUGGAUAUGUUGGUUGAAUGGUCAGCGGAAGAAAGCUCCUACUCCUGAGGAAAUGCUGGAACUUGAAGCAAGACGUGAACGUGUUAGGCUUAAUGUUGCUCUUCUAAAGAAAGAAGAAGAGGAAAGGAGAGCCAAGGAAGGCACUACCCGGAAAGUCGUGAGCUCUGGUAAAGUUGUAGGUCUAGACUUGAAAAGUUUCAUGCGGCAAUUUCCAUCUGCAUCGGAAGGUGACAAACUUGACCAGGCAUCCGAUGCAAGAUUGUCUAGUUCAACACUAAUUAAAGCUAUAGGCCUAGGUACUGCCCCUAGGCCAAAAGAGAAAGAAGCUGAUGAAGAAAAACCACUGCCAGUGUCUACAGAGCCAACAGGAUCUGGUGCAUCUUACAAGCCAGGAACAUGGCAACCGCCAACAUGACAAUCCAAGCAUGUCAACAGAAUUCACCCCAAUCCAUUUAAUGGCCUUUCCCUAUUUGUUCAUGGUUUGUCACUUCAAUCCAUAUGACAAGCUCUCCAACUGUUAAACAACCACAUUAUCUGGUGAAAUCCUUUGUUACAAGCUUACAACACACAAGAAUAACAGUCUUUAGAAAAUUUAUGCUGUUUUGCAACUAUUUUCUUAGAUCACUUGGAGUCCAUUGAGAUAACAUCUUAAACCUUUAUGCACUAUAUAGUAUGAGUUCUACCACCUUCAGAACUUGGUAGAAUGUUUUGGAAACAUGAUUGAGAAUUCUUUUGUUAGUUGCAAAAGUUUGGAAGCAUGGACAUACAUUGUAUAAGCUUCCCUUCAUUGACUUAUUUCAUUUAUGGUGAGAGGAUUUAUUUUUCAGCAUAUAAAAUUGAGGGAAAUUU